GAUGGACUGGCGACCUAUCCAGGGUGUACCCCGCCUUUCGCCCAUAGACUGCUGGAGAUAGGCACCAGCCAGCUCCUCCGCGACCCACUAUGGAAUAAGCGGUAGAAAAUGACUGACUGACAGUUUUUGCAUAAACAUAUGAGAUUUUAGAAAUUAGACAUUGUUAGGUUGGUGGAACACUCUCAGGUAAGCUGUCCAGAACCAGCUAAUCUGGACUUAAACAAAAUGACGACACAAGGAGUUUUCUUUUCCAGGUAAGAUAUUAACCGCUAAUAUUCUUUUAACAGAACCCCAGUUGAAAAAACUAAACUGAACUAUCCCUUUAAGCCAAAACUAGCCUAUUAUCACCAGCAUUUUUCUCUCUAGUCUCUAAAUACACAGGAGAUCAAUUUCAGCAUUUUUAUAGGUAGUUCAGGACCGCUAAGUAUUUCCUUGCUGGUUGAGCCCAUGCUGAGAUCCUUCCAUGGAGAUGAUGAGUGAGAAUGGAGAUUACAGUAAUCUGGACCCCUACAUUUCAACCCUCCUAACAACAGCAGCUGUCCUGGCAGGAUCUGAAUGCUGCUUUAGGAUGCGGGAUGUAUAUUUCAGUAUCAGUGGGUGAAAAAUAAAUCUUAACUAAAGCUGUCAACAUGUCCCACAAAAAACAAAUAAGCCCAUUCUUUACUCUCACCAUUAGGGCAGUCCUGCUCAAUGUGAGAUGAUCUAAUGCAUUUUAAUUCAGUGAGAACGAGGCUGUGCUGUGAGGCAGCAGUCACUGAUUAUUUAUUUAUAAAACUGAGUGUGACUGUAAACCGACCAGAGGGAAUAAUGUCAGCACAUAUCUAAAUGCACGCUUAAAACGGCAGCCGCUACACAAAUGGAGAAAUCUUCUAGAAUGUAGAUCUGUGUUCGUUUCUGUGCAGCAGCGUUACAUAAGUCAGCAGUGCAGGUUUUAUGCUGCAUUGACAGUACAACUGAAUCGAAUGCGUUACUCUCAGAGAGUAUUCGUGUCAGCGCAUUGAUACAUAUCUGAGCAGACGGACAGAAAGCAGUAAGCUGCUUAGCCCUGCGCUGACUCAGUACCCAAGCAAUUUCUCUGGUCCUCAUAAGAGAGAAGCCUCAAUCAACAUUUUUUACUAAGACUCAACCAGCUAGAAAAUUUCUGUGCUUAUUACCCAAAUAGAGAUCACCUGUGUUACCAGAAAAGGGUAUUUGGAAUCAUGGAAAGUUAAAACCACUAAGAAGGUAUUCAUUUUCUUACUGAAACAAUGUGUCAGCUUUUCAAAGGUGUAACACUGACGUUUUAUCCAUUAUUAAAACUGCCAAUAAAUCAAAUUGCAUUUUACAUUAAAGGAAACUUUCUAUACAACUUUCUACGUGUAUUUUAUUUUCUUAUCUCUGCAGCUGCAUUUACAACUUGAAUGAUCCACUUCCUUUCAGCAGCUAUGAUUGGUUCUAAAGAAAUACCAGGUGCAUUGCUUGGCUAAUCCAAUUUCUACCCAGCUUCAGGUUACGUGGCGAGUAUUCAUGGUGCAGUCAAAGGGAGAUACCUGCUCAGAAUGAAAGGAUUAAUAAUCUGUGUUUUUGCCAUCGUGAUGCUCACACCUGCUCAAGGUGAGGAAGAGGAGCAGGUGAUGGAGUUGGAGGGGCAAGAACAAGAGGAAGAGUACCUGGAGUGUUUCCGCUGUGACCUGGGCUUCUGGGACGCCUGCUACACGACAGAAACCAACUGCAGCCACGGGGAGCUCUGCUACACGGGCCGAGGGAAGGCAGCUGAUGCUCUGGAUAUAAAGAUGCUGGGCUGUGCGAAGGCCGAGCAGUGCAACGUGAAGACGACGGUGGAGCUUUUCUUUAAUAAUACCAUCUUUGUCAUGACUAAAUCCUGCUGUGGCACCCCUUUCUGCAACUCUGCACAAAGAGUACGCACCUGCACACUUUUUCAUCUCACUUUGGCAGCUUUAACCACCUUUCACAUCACUAAAGCCUUGGUCAGAUAAAAAGAAAAUAUCAUUAUUCCGUUUUGUUGUUAAAACAAAUGCGUCAGAGUGAUGCUCAAAGGACUUCAGGCACAAUAACGGCCAGAUUUGGAAAAUGUUUGUAUUCAGUAAUAAAUAAAUAAACACUGAAUAUUUUUAACACAAA